CUGGUAGAUCAUGUUACAUUACCAAGAAAACACUCAUCGAGAAGGCGUACAAAGUGGUCUUUGUGCUUCUCAAUUGAUGCAAAUUACAGGAGUUAAAGUCCACCUGGCUUCUCUGUGAAGCUCAAGCUUCUCCCUUAUUACAUUUCAUUCAAGAAUAGAUCGCUUUGGAAUUGUUUUCGACUUUGUGCAGGCAGAAUGUCUAGCCUAGUAAAUGUCCACGAACAGGACAUGACAGAUACAUCGCUUUCAUCCUCUGGUGAUCAGAAACCUCUUGUGCUCAAAGAGAGAAGUUGUUUUCGUGUGGUUUUGGUUGUAAUCCCUUGUUUGCUUUUGAUAUGGGGCGUUUCAUUGCUUCCCACCGUAUUCUACGCAAACAAACUCCCAGUUCCUACGGAUCCACCUUCACCGAACAUCAGUAAUCAAACUCAGCCUCUGUACCCUUGCAGUCAUCCACUCAUUUUGAACCAGAAAACACAUUUGUGUGAACCACCAUGCCCAUGGGUGAUGCUGACAAAAGCAGAAAAAUUUGCCUUGCUAGUCGUUGAAAGCUUUUCUAUUGCUGUUAAUUUGUUGGGUUUUGUCAUAAUAUUGUCAACUUGGAUGCGGAUUAAGAAACUGAGAUGUUUUCCGCAUAUAAUUCCUCUUUACAUUCAAGGCCUAUCAUCAGCCAUUGCUGUUCUUAUUGUGGUAGCCAAUGGAAUAGGAGAAGAGAAGGCUUUCUGUAGCAGCAAGUUUUUAGCAGAAUCUUCAAAAAAUCCCACUACAUUUUGUACUGCUCAAGGGGUCCUGAUACACUACUUUUGUGUAGCUUUGGCACUGUGGUUUGUGGUUUAUAGCGUCAAUUUACUUAAGAUGAUCUAUUCUGACAGUCUGGUAAACCUCCAGGGAAAUCAUUACAGAGUACAGCAUAUUGUGUAUUCCUUAAUUUGCUGGCUUCUUCCUUUCAUUCCUGUUGGCAUUGUACUUGGCUCUGAAUCACCACCUUAUAUUGUUGUAAAUAUGCAAUUCUGCUUCCCUGGAUCAACAGACACUGGAUAUUUUACAACUACAUUUAUCACAGAGCUGGCACUGGGUGUUGGUGUUACCUGCUUGUUUUUUGUGGUCUAUAAACUUUUCAUGCUACGCAACAUCUCCCCUGUUGCUGGUGAGCAAGCUAAAUCAAGAAAAAAGAAAAUGGACAAACUGGUUCAGCGCCUGGUGUUUCUUAUGUUUGCAUAUGCAGCCAUUGUAACUCUCACUUAUAUUCCCAUCUGCCUUUUACAACAACAUGCAGCCCUUCUGGAACACCAUAUAAAUCGGUACUUUCGUUGCUUGAUGUUUUACCCACCAGAGAAGUGUCAUAAAAAAUAUGAAAAGUACACUUUCUCUGACGCAUUUGUGGUAUCAUCCCUAAGUACUGCAUUCUUUGCACUGACGACUGUGUGUUUCUUGGCAUUUAACAAGCAGUCCCGCAAACUGUGGACCUUCUGGUGGUUCAGAAUACAGAGAUGCUGCUGUGAGCAGUCUUAAAACAUAAUUGUCAAAGCCAGAAUGUUGGUUGAAGUUGUGCUUGUGAUCUGAAAAUUAGUUUUCAAACAGACUUGAAAUGAUAACAUGUGCAAAACAGUGUUCAUUUUUAGCAGCACUUUCUUCUUGUUGUGAUGCUGACAAGGAGAAUUUGUUUAACAAACAAGCUUCUUUUGUUGGUGAUCAUUUCCUUUAUUUUUGUGACCUCGAUGUGUGAUUCAAGCAAGAUAUUGUAAUUAGACAUUAGAUGCUAGUUACCCCUAGGGAUCAAAGGGAUUUACUAACCACAUAAUAAAUUAUGCUUAGCCAGUAGGCUAUUAAGUGUUGACUCCAGCAGCACUUUAAAUUGGCAGAAAUUAAGCAUAGUAAAUUUAUUUUUGAAUGUUUAAUUUAAAAUGUAUUUUUAUUCUGAAAGUAAUGUCAUUUUGUAAGGAAAAUCUUCUCUGUUGCUUUGCUUUUAAUUGUCAUCCAAAUUAUUUUUACAGUAUACAACAGGAAAAAAAUAUUAGUAUUGGUUUCUGUCAGAUUUUGAAAAACUGUGAAAACCAUAAAUAAUUCUGGAAAUGAAAAUAGAUAGGAAAGAAAACUGGUCUUUGAGCAGCAGCGUUGAUUAGUUGGUGGUUUUCUUGGUAUCCUUUUUGACCUGGUCUGCAACAUGAUUGUUUUAAGCACAAUGAACUUUAUUGUAAUAUUGGAGGUAUUUAUAGUUCGUAAUAUUGACAGUGAUUGACGAAAUAUCUAUAUAUAUAAAAAACUCUUCUCUUGUAAUGAUUCACAAACCAGGGAACUAUAGAUAAAUGAAUAAAGGGGAUAAGUUUCUAAAAUAACUGCGGUGCUGCUUCGGUGGAAGAUUAUAACAGGGUAAUUUAGUAUUAUCAACUGAGUUAAUAACUCAAAUUGGCCACAAAGUUUCAAAGCUGACGUUUAGAGCGAAGGGCUAACGCUCGAAACGUCAGCUUUGAAACUCUUUACGGUGUUAAAUUUACGCUAUCAAGUCAGUUGAUAAUGCUAAAUUACCCUGAUCUGUGGAUAAACCCUCGUUUACUUUCUAUUCUACCAGUUUAGUUAAAAACUAAUGGAAAAUCGUAUGAAUCAAAUAUAAAACAAGAAUCUCGAGACCUAGCCGGGUCAAAGUGAUGUAUUCUUUGGCCAAACACUUUACCCUCAUUGUACCUCCCUCCCUCUACCCAGGAGUAUAAAUAGGUACCGGGAAUUUACAGGGAAGCCUGAUGAAAUGCUGUGCGGUAACCUUGCGAUGGACAAGCAUUCUAUGCAGGGGGAAGUAGUAAUACUCCAAGUCGCUCUACUCUAAGGCAACUGGCUAGGCACUGGCUCGAGUGCAGUCUUAACGUUACCUGUAUAACAAGAAUUUGAUUUCUCAACGCCAUGUAAUUUACCCCCUUAAUAAACCUAUAGUUUCAUCCUUCAAA